CCUCAGAGAAGAAUGGCUCCUGGAAAUGAUUCUUUUGUGACUGAAUUCAUUCUGUUGGGAUUAACAGACCGACCUGAUCUUCAACUCCCUCUGUUCUUCCUGUUCCUAGGAAUGUACAUGGUCACUGUGCUGGGAAAUUUGGGGUUGAUAAUCUUAAUUGCACUGAAUUCACAUCUACACACCCCCAUGUACUUUUUCCUCUUUAACUUGUCCUUCAUAGAUCUCUGUUAUUCUUCUGUGUUUACACCCAGAAUGAUGAUUAACUUCACAUCAAAGAAGAAUAUUAUCUCUUACAUGGGGUGCAUGACCCAGCUCUACUUUUUCUGUUUUUUUGUCGUUUCUGAAUGCUAUGUGCUGACAUCAAUGGCCUAUGACCGCUAUGUGGCCAUCUGUAAGCCACUCUUGUAUCAUGCUGCCAUGUCCCCUAAAGUGUGUUCCAGCCUUAUGCUUGCUUCCUACUUGAUGGCCUUUUCUGAUGCCAUGGCUCACACUGGAUGCAUGCUGAGACUGACCUUCUGUGAUGCAAACACCAUCAACCAUUAUUUCUGUGAUGUCCACCCUUUGCUCCAGCUCUCCUGCACAAGUACCUAUGUCAAUAAGCUGGUAGUUUUCAUUGUGGUGGGCAUCAACAUCAUUAUGCCCAGUUUCACAAUCUUUGUCUCUUAUUGUCUCAUCCUCACCAACAUCCUCCAAAUCAAGUCCACAGAGGGCAGGUCCAAAGCCUUUAGCACUUGUACUUCCCACAUAAUUGCUGUUUCUCUGUUCUUUGGAUCAAUGUCAUUCAUGUAUCUCAAACCAUCUUCUGCUGGUUCUAUGGAUAUGGAAAAAAUCUCUUCUGUCUUUUACACCAAUGUGGUUGCUAUGAUGAACCCCUUAAUCUAUAGUUUGAGAAACAAAGAUGUGAAAACUGCUCUGAGAAAAACCCUGAGUAAGAGAUAA